AUGUCAACUAGGCAUAAAAAUUUCAAAAUAUCUAAAAAUUGUCUCUUAAGAGUCUUGUUAUUUUUAGCAUCUCAACAAUCUCUCGACGAUCAAAGGAUGUUUGUUAUUUGCAAUUGCAGCAUUCCGCCACCCUUGCCAACCUACGAAGAUGCCUUAAAAAUGGUUCCUAGACCUCUAGAUAUUGAAAGAGGAGAGAAGGAAGCAUUGCCCCCUCCCCCAAAAUAUUCUUUAACUAGUGGAGAAACAAUUUAUACCAUUACUGCAGUGUCAACUUCAACAACAAGUAUUGCUCAAACAAUAACAACGACGGGUGAACAACAACAAGGAGAAGAAAAUCAUCGACAACAAGAAAAUUUGCCUUCUACAACAACAUCUUAGAAGAAAGAACACACUUAUUUUUGUUCUCUGCCAUUUUUUCCGAUUUUUCACUUUUAAAGCUUCACUUUACUAUUUAUUUUUAAUAGGAUUUUUUAUGAUUCGACAUUUUGAAAAUUAUCAAAGAAUAAUUUAAUUUGUUGGAUUUAUUAAAAAUUUUGAUCUGUUUUUGUCUUGUUUUAGAUGAGAGGUAGCUUUAGCUUCCUGAGACUCUAGUGUCUCUAUUUUUAAAUUAUUUUUAUAACGCCAAAAGUUUUAAAACGAUUGUUUAAUCAAUAAAAGGUGAGAGAUGCAACGAAGAGAAAAAUACAAAAAGUGACGCUUCUCUUCUUCCAUUGGAAAUUUUUGAGGUUUUAUCGGUUUUUUUUUGUUUUUUUUUUCGGAGUUUUUUGUUCAGGGUAUGCGUUUUUAGACUUUAUUCAUUCCCUGCUUCUUUUGUAUUUUUCUGAUAGCCUUUCUACCUCGUUUG